AUGGAAAAAAAUCGGGCAUUGCUAAUUCACGAUUCAAAGUAUACAAUGGAUAUUCUAAAAAACAAUGAUAGCAUACAGUCAGAUGUCGAUUUUCUGGAAACAUUUCUGUUACGACCUUUUCAUUAUCUACAGCAGCAUCACAGCUGUGGUGCCAACAAAUACGAACAUCAUAAACGAUCUGAGAUGCGAUUUAUUAUUGGAAAAAACUAUCAAUACAACAAACCUGAUAAUAGAAACAUGUUUCCGAAGUGGCUGCAAAGUAUGAAAGGCCUCCGAUACGACAACCAAAUUACUGACAUGCUGCCUCCUGGUACUGCAGACGACCCUGAUUGUCUCCUGAUGAAACCCAGACCUCCUGAUCCUCACUAA